UGGGUGGCGCCAAAGCUUGACAACAAAGCGGCUGUGCAACGGACAGUCAGCCUCCGAGUAAACAAAACCUCUGCUGUGUGUAACUUUUUGUGUCCUCAAGUAAGCUGUGACUCCCUCGGAGGUGUAAAGAGGAGUUUGGCCGUUUGAAUAAACAGUUGAGAAGUUUGCCGUCAGAGCUGUCAAAUGUCGUCAUGGCUUCGAAGACAGACCAACUGCUCAUCGUUGUGUCCAUCCUGGAAGGUCGUCACUUCCCAAAGAGUCCCCGGCUCAGUCUGGUGGUCCAGGCGAGCUUCGAUGGUGAGCAGCUGGCCACAGACCCCGUAGAGCACAGAGAUCAGCCACAGUUCAGCACUGAGCUGGCCUGGGAGCUCGACCGUAGGACACUUCACCAACACAGACUGCAGAGAACUCCCAUCAAGCUUCAGUGUUUUGCUGUUGACUCUGUGAGUAAGAAGAGAGAGAGUGUCGGCUACAUUGUCUUGGACCUCCGAUCUGUACAAGAGGUCAGACAGGAGCCUCGCUGGUAUCCGCUGCUGAGCAGUAAAUACACCAAACAGAGACCAGCGCUCCUCCUCGGCAUGGUGCUAGAGAACGACACCAAGCCCUCCGAACCCUCUCCUGAUAGGUUCAAAGCCAAGAAGGCCCCACCCCGACAAGGUUCUCCUGCAGUGACUGACUUGCUUCCAGACAACCUGGAUGCCACACUGAUCCCAGACCAGGGUUACCAUCAAGUCGGACCUGCAGAUCACUGCUCUGACAUGUUCAUCCUGUCCGUCACUGUGGCCUUUGCUACCAAAUUAGAACAGUUGAUCCCCAGCACUAAGAAACUCUCAGCGGAGGGGUCAAAGUUCUUCUUCUACUACUCUUUACUGGGGAACGACAUCACAAGUGAGCCUUUCCACAACCUGCUGAGCCCUGACUUUGAGCCGGAGCGUGCCUCUGUGCGCAUCCGCAGCAGCAAACAGAUCCUCCAGGCCUUCCUGUCUCAGCAGCCCAGUUUACAGAUUCACCUGUGCUGUGGGAAUCACUCUCUGGGCAGCACAGAUGUUUCUCUCUCAGCUCUGUCUGCUGUUUCUGUGGAUCUGGAAAACAAGGCAGCAACGGUGGAGGGAGCAUUUGUACUCCAACCUCCAAAACGCGUCAAACAGACGCUGCCGGCUCUGCCCGCCGACUUGCAGCCGACUGUAGGAGUGGCUGUUACCCUGAGGAGGGAGGAGGUUGCACCACAGUCUUUAGGGAAUAAAGGAAGUGGAGCUCAGACACACUCCAACCCUGCUCCUCCUUCUGUCCCUCCCUCUGUUCGUACUGCUGAACAGAGACCUCGAAGCUCCUCUCCCAUCCGAAAACCUCCUGACUCUUCUCCUCCUGGUCCUCCCCUUCCUCCUCCUUCCUCUCAUACAGAGAGUGAAGCAGAGAGUCUGCUGGAGGAGUUUCAACAAGGCAAAGAGCAGGCAGGACUGGCAGCUGCAGAUUUGGAGGUUCCUGUGCAGCUGCACACACAGACUGAAGCUACAGCAGAGGGUGGAGCAUCAUCUGUCAGUGUGUCUGCUCCUAAAGUGUCCAUCCCCUCCUCCGCCCAUCACUACUGUUUCUCUCUGGACCUCCACAGCCUGGGAAGCCUCAGCCUGACCCACCCCAUCGCUGCUACGCUCAGAUAUUCUUAUCAGUUCUUCGGCAGUCCAGCUCCUAUCAUGACCAACCCUCCUGUGGAGCUGCAGAGGAACAUGGAGGCCUCUCUGCCUCAGUCCUACUGCGCCUUUGACUUUGCAGCUCUACCACAGCAACUACAGGACACCUUCCUCAGAGUUCCUCUGGUAGUGGAGGUUUGGCACAGGGACUCCACCAGCAGAGACCAGCUGAUAGGAAGAGCCUCCAUCCAGCUGUCUCACCUGCUGAGCUCUGAGAGGAGCAAGUUACUGGCAUCAACAGGGGAGCAGAGCUGGAGACAGUCUCACCAGGACCGGAUCCCCGUGGUCAAAACACAUCGUCCCAGUGAAAAGGUGGCAGAGUUAAGCUAUGUGGCAACUCUGGAGGAUCUGGGAUUGGUUAAAGCCAGAGAAGUCAUUGUGUCCGACUCUUUGCAGAACGAACCUGCGGUCCCCACAAAGCCAUCCUCCCACCCUGCAGCACCCAGACCUGCUGCUCCUAGCCUGAACCCUGCCCCGCUGGGCCCUACAGCUCCAACCGCCCCCAGAGACACCCUGGAGUACCGCACGGCCCUGGAGCUGGAGCUGUGGAAGGAGGAGCAGGAAGACCUUUUUGAUGAUCAGUUGAGGAAGAAGGAGUUGAGCCACAUGCAGGCUCUGGCAGAGGAGUGGAGGAGAAGAGACAGAGAAAGAGAAGCUCUGGUUAAAAAGAAGGAGGUGGAGUAUAACGUUUUGGAGGAGCAGCUUCAGAAGACUCUAUCUGAUCUGGAGAAAAGGGAAAAACACCUAGUGGAGGCUGAGCUGGAGACUCAGAGACUACAGAGGGAGCUGCGGGCCGAGCACGAUCUGACCCAGAGGGAGCUGCAGGAGAGCGGCAGGAGGCUGCAGCAGGAGUGUGACCACAGGAUGGCGCUGGAUAAAGACAAAGUCCGACUGAUGGAAGAAGAGAGAGCCCGACUGCUGCAGCAGAUUGCAGACGGGGAGUCUCGGUACAAACAGCUGGAGAAAGAGUUCCAGCUCUACAGAGAACAACAAAACAUCAGACCUGAGUUCAGACUGCAGUCAGAGAUAAACCUACUGACUCUAGAAAAGGUGGAGUUGGAGAGGAAGCUGGAGUCCACCACCAAGUCUAAGCUGCACUACAAGCAACAGUGGGGGCGAGCCUUAAAAGAGCUGGCCAGGUUCAAACAGCGGGAGCAGGAAAAUGCUAUGACUCGUCUGAAGAAGCAGCAGGCGGAGCUUGAGGCCAUGAGGCUGCGUUACCUAGCAACAGAGCAGAAGGAAGCAGUCCAACAGGACAGACAGGAGCUGGACAACAUCAGGAACGAACUCAACAGAUUAAAGCAGCAGGAGGACAGAUUAGGCCCCGCCCACCCUCAAAGCGUGAAUGAGAGCGCUGACGAACACCUGAGCCGCCUGUUAGAGGAGAGAGACACUCUGCUGAGGACCGGAGUUUACACCCACGAAGACCGAAUCAUCGCUGAGCUCAACAGACAGAUACAGGACGCCAUGAGCGGCAGAGGGGAUCUCUGACAGCUCCUGGAAUCGGCCAAUCAGAGACAAGAGUCACACCCGAGACUGCAGUGCUGACGGUGAGCAGAUGUUCCCAGCUCAUCCAUCUGCUGUGAGGAGGAGGAGGAGGAGGAGGAGGAGAGGAAGAUAAGAGAGCAGAAGAAGAAAUGUGAUGUUGAGGUUUAAAGUGAAAUGUUUCUCUAAUAUCUUAUCAACUGUGUGUUUUAUCUCCAAUUCUAGCUUUUAAAACUCGCUUUGACUGAAUCCAACACAGUUCGAGCACACACACACACACACACACACACUUUUAUACUCACAGGAAGAUGUUGCAACAUUUCUGAAAUAAAAAACAAACAAAUCUAUUUUCAGGAAAAGGCCAAACAAUCUCACCUCGAGGUCUAUUUAGCAGCAGUUCUGGAGCUUUUGAACGUAUCACAUGAUCUUCCUCAGCAGAUGGAGUUACCUUAGUUGUGGAAACCAGAGGUUCAAAUUGACUUUUUUUCUUUUCUUCUAUCGUCUGUAGCUGUGUGUGUAAGUGUGUGUUUGUGUGUGUGCGUGGGACAUCUGAUCUGAGGUCUGUGGCUGUGUUCACUCUGAUGAUCAAACAGACGUCAUCACCUUUAAAACGACAAAAACAAACCUAUUGAGCCCCGUAUCAACAAACACUGAACAACAAACGGAACAUAUGUCGGAAUGAAUAAGAACUCCUAAACAUAUACAGAGUAAUGACAUCAUUGUGUCGAACUGGAAAGGAGCCAAUGUGUAAAUAUUAUGUAUUAAUAAUUAAGUGUUUAUUUCUUACCAACAGUAAACAUUAAAGUCACAUUUGAGGUAUUCAAGGACACACAGCAGCUGUAAAGUGAACAAAAUAUUACAACAAGAUGCUGAUGGAGGAAGUGGAGCUGCUUUAACCACGGAGGUCUGAUUACAUUUAAUAAUAACUGAAUCAGUCAGUUUAAAGAAACGUUAGAAACACGUUUGACGACACUAAGGUCGGAUAUUGGACAUGUUGCUAUCAAUUACUUAUAAAUCUGACAAAAAGUGGUUUUAUUGAGAGAAAGUAAAAACCUGUUUCUAAUAUAAAACAGAUGAAAUAUUACUGCGCUGUUGUGUUUCUGCUCACUUCAUCAGGAUUAGGACUUCAGUGUGAACGCGGAGGAGCUGUUUGAUCUGUCGUCGGUGCUGCAGGUUAAAUAAAGUUCACUUCAGAUCUGUGCUGCCUUUCACUGUUGAUACAGUAAACACAUGACACUGUGGGGUGGACCCAAUUUCCCACAAUUCCUUUUGUCACUCAUCAGAGGACGUCUAAACACACACACACACACACACUGUACACGUUUCACACCAGCACUAAGAUGAUAACUGUAAACCAUCAAAUGCUUCCCGUCAAAACAAGAGAAAACAGAACGGGAUAUAAAUGAAUGAAAACAAAGAUUAAUGAGAAUAAGUUUAAUACUCUGAAAGAAUGUCACCUGUUUGGGCCUCGAACAGUUAUUGUAAUAUUUGAGAUGUUUAGUGGUGAAGUGAAAUCUGAAACAGGACGAGGAGCCACAACUCUUCAGCAGCGUGUUGUGUUUUAUGAGCUUAUCGUAUUUUUUAUGUCAAAUUUUUAUGUGUAAAGCAGCCGGGACCGGAGGCUGUCAGACACAUGUAGGGGAGCAACAAGUGCAAGGUCUGUCUGAGAUGAAGUGGAAUAACAGAACGGAAAUACUCAAACAAUGUGCAAGUAUACAUACUCAGUUACCUCCCACCACUGUGCGCACAUACACACACACACACACACACACGUUUUAAGUCGUGGUCGGGGUAACAG